CCUCUAUUGCAACAGGUCGCUUUCGCUGGAAAGAAACUGAAACUGAGUUUCCGUAAAUUACAAAUAUUUCGAAGAUGAUCUCGGCAACUUGUGUGGCCCCGGUGAACAUAGCCCUGAUAAAGUAUUGGGGAAAGCGUCACGAAGAUCUAAUACUGCCCGUCAAUGAUUCCAUUAGCAUGACUCUCAGCACCGAUGAGCUGUGCGCCAAGACAACGGUGUGUGCCUCGGAAUCCUUUGAGGAAAAUCGCAUGUGGUUAAAUGGGGAAGAGGUGCCCUUCGAGGGGAGUUCCCGACUGCAGCGGUGUUUAAAGGAAGUUCGCCGACUUGCCCUAUCGAAUGGCUCGACGAAGGUUCCGCCCGCCUGGAAGCUGCACAUCGCCUCGGUCAACAACUUUCCCACCGCCGCAGGACUCGCCUCCAGUGCCGCCGGCUAUGCCUGCCUGGUUUACUCCCUGUCGCGACUCUACGGCAUCCCUCUGGAUGAGGAACUAACUACCGUAGCCCGGCAGGGCAGCGGAUCCGCCUGUCGCAGUCUGUACGGCGGCUUUGUCCAGUGGCAUCGCGGAGCUCUCGACGAUGGCAGCGAUUCGGUGGCCAAGCAAAUAGCACCAUCCAAUCAUUGGCCCCAAAUGCAUGUGCUCAUCUUGGUGGUCAACGAUGAACGAAAGAAGACGGCAUCCACGAAGGGAAUGCAACAGGCUGUGAAGACCUCGCAGCUGCUGAAGCACCGCGUGGAUAAGGUGGUUCCCGAGAGGAUAGAGCAGCUAAGGGAUGCCAUUGCGGCCCAUGACUUUCAGACCUUCGCCGAGCUGACGAUGAAGGAUUCCAAUCAGUUCCAUGCCAUCGCCUUGGACACGUAUCCCCCAUGCGUUUACAUGAACGAUGUAUCCCAUAGGAUUGUUUCGUUUAUCCAUGACUAUAACGAGAUAAUGGGAAGCUAUCAGGCUGCCUACACCUUCGAUGCCGGGCCAAAUGCCUGUCUAUACGUUUUGGAGGAGAAUGUUCCCCAUCUACUGAAUGCCAUUCAAAAGGUCUUUCCCAGUGGCUCAAUAGAGAACACCACGUACUUGCGAGGUCUUUCGGUUCCAAAGGUUGAUAACAGUCAUUCACUUGAGUCUGCUAAGCAAAGCAAAAUCGAUUCUUUAGAUAUUAAUGCAAGAAACGCCUUUAGAUAUAUAAUUCACACUAAAGUUGGCGAGGGACCCACAGAAUUAAGCGCUGAUAAUAGUCUAUUGUCAAAUGGACUUCCGCUGGGUCACUAA